UGAAGAAAAGAAGCAAACCUUCUACGUGACAUGGCGGGUUAGCGAAAUAUGACCAUUGUCCUUCAGACUUCUGACUUUCUGUCUGACUAGAAACAACAAUUUGUGAAGCAGAUCGAUUUGAAAAUCAAAUUUUUUGGUGUGAGCGGGAAAACAAAAUCCUCUCCCGCCUUCCUGUAGUUUUCACUCAUCAGUAAUUAAUGGCGAGAACCAAGCAUUUCGCUUCCAGGGUUCGAGAUCGGAAUCGAACUGGUUUCGCAUCUGAAACUGUAGAUGCAACGGCUUCAUCGUCGGCGGCGGCAGGUCCGAGUAGGGUACGUCAUCUUUUCCGUUUUAGACCCCGACGAGAAGAGGCAGCGAAGGUGGAGAUGAUACUCAACAAAGUGAGUAUUUCUGGGUCAUUAUCGUUUUUCAACUCCAACAACCUCACCGGUUACGGGUGCAAAAGUAAGAUUUCGCCAUUGCUUAACAACUGCUUCAACUUGAAUGUCUAUUUUGCUCAACUGUUUCUCAUUUUGUUUGUGAAGAAAGGGGCUAAGAGAACCAAGCAGGCUGUGCCACAAAGUUCCAAAAAGAAGCCUUACCGUUACAAGCCGGGAACUGUUGCUCUGAGAGAGAUUCGCCAUUUCCAGAAGAACACUAAACUUCUUAUUCCAGCUGCUAGUUUUAUUAGAGAAGUGAGAAGAAUAACCCAUACUUGUGCUCCGCCGGAAAUCACUCGUUGGACAGCUGAAGCUCUUGUGGCUCUUCAAGAGGCGGCAGAAGAUUACUUAGUUGGGCUGUUCUCAGAUUCAAUGCUUUGUGCUAUCCAUGCAAGACGGGUUACUCUAAUGAGAAAAGAUUUUGAGCUUGCACGCCGGCUUGGAGGAAAAGGCAGACCAUGGUGAUUGAAACUCACCCACUAUUCACAUCUCUUACAUUGUAAGUGAGGAUCGACUUAGUAGUAACCAAUGUGUCGCAGGUUGUAUAAGAUUAUUUCACUGCUUAUUGUUAUGCUUGUGUCCUUUUUUCGACCUUAUGAUCUGACCAACCCGAAUUUGAUUUGAUUCAAUAUCUAGGUUGUAUAACUUUUUUUUCUCUUUGCUCGUUUCUUAUUUGCCUUUUCCCUGGAAUUGAUCAUUUUGCAUUA